UUCUCGAAGAUGGCUGUCUGUAUUAUGUCAAACCACUUUUCAAGAGCACAAGAAACUUUUCUCCUCCCCCGUCUUCUUUCUGCAUAAUUUCGUCUGAUUAAAUAUCAAUACCGAACAAGUUCAGUUUUAGGUUUGCUGGCAAACAUAAACAUCAUGGGUGAUGGUCCUCGAGGAAUAGAGGUGUUUGAAGAUCAUUUUCAAGCUUCAACAUCUGGUGAAGACUCCGUACAGAGCCCAUCUGAUUCUAAAUAUAUAGGAAGUAAUGAUUCUUUGAGAUCCAUUAGUAGAUCGUGGACUAGAAGAAAAUUGAAAGGUGCUGCUUCGAUGUUGCAUUUGUUUAGCCUUAGCAAGCUACCUUGGAUGUCUGGCGCAGACGGUCAAGAAAAGGUAGUAUUAACUGCUGCAGAAGUAGAAUCUCUUCGGUCAGAAAUCGCUGCUUUGGAAGAAAGAGAAGCACAUUUAAAAGCUCAAUUACAACACAUUGAUGAAGUAGUACGGGCUGCACGGCUUUCGGGGUAUUUGGACAUGAGAAUGAGAUGGGCAACUUUACCCGGAGAACCUCUUCCAGUUGAUGACACUGAUGUUGAUGAUUGGCUUCCAAGAUUUUUUGUCCUUCAGGGAUCGUGUAUUUUCUGGUAUUCGUCAAGCACUGAUCUAAGCCCCCAAGAUUCAACCCUCCUAUCAGAUAUCGUUGAAGUUGGAACUUUACCUUGCCUGAUACGAGACAAUAAGGAGAAACGAUAUUGCUUUUAUAUCUCAACUUGUUAUGGACUGAAAUAUGAAUGCUCUAGUACUUCUAAGAUGAAGGUUGAUUCCUGGUUGGCAGCUUUACAGAGUGCUCUUAAGCUCAAGGUCUGAUUGUACAACACUUGAUGAGAUUACUAAGAAUUGACACGAUCUGCUAUUGGCAGCAACAUCAUGUAAUAAAGCCAGAAUUAGAAGCAAAAGCAUAUAUCACUCUUUCAAAAGUUUGACUGCAACUUUUUACUAAUAUUUAGCCAGUGUAUUCUGUACAUAAUCUAGCAUGCUGGCUUCAGCCUUUGUACAGUGUUGAAGUUAGAUUAUGAUAAAUACCUUUCAACA